AUGCGAAGUUUAUUUUUUUGUCAUAUCCGCGGUUACGCCGCACACGUGUCAUUUGGUGCAUUGAUGUAUUCUUAUGUUAUUCAAGCGUGUUAUCGUCUAAUUGGAACAAUCUAUUACCAUCAGAUAUCUCUGAAGAUUUAUACAUACGCAAUUGGUCUUCAAUGGAUAUUUGCUGUAGUACAACUUCUACCGAUUCUACUUGGAAAGAACCAAGUCUACAUUGAACAUGAAUACUUGUGUCAGAUUGCCAUUGAAAAUAGCAAAGGGAUCUGUUAUAUUAAUUUAACAAAUUAUGUCAUACCGGUUAUGAUGAUUGUGUUGAUAUAUUAUAAAAUUACAAAAUCCGUGCGAGAAAAAGUGAAUAAUGGGACUUACAGGUAUAACAUUCAUCGUGCACGUCGUCAAAUGGUGUUAACUCAACGAAUUCUCAUUUUAAUUACAAUUAUCUUUGUUCUUGGCGGACCUUACACAGUCUUUAUUAUCUUAGAAGCUUUCUCCAUUCGACGCGCACCGUCGUAUUCACAUCGAAUUGGUUUUAUGUUCAUCGCCAUUGCUUGUUGUUUAAGCAUUGUAACAAUCUUAUAUUAUGCUCAAACAGUGCGUGAAGCCAUUUUCAAAAAGAAUUCAUCGCGAAAGCCAGGACCUCCUCCAUCCGUUCCCAUAGCAUUAGCAUCAAUUUUAGCUCCAUCGGAUACCAUACAGGAGCAUCCAUAUCUAUUGGACAAGAAAAUUUCUUUCGAGCAUCGGGAAUCAUCGCAAAUGUUUGAUAGACAGACAGGCUUCACUUGUUUAGAAUCAAUCAACACUCGAUGGAUUCUUGUGCUCAGUUUCUCUUAA